UAGCAACAUGUGGCACGAGGCUCGUAAACAAGAGCGUAAGAUAAGGGGAAUGAUGGUGGACUACAAGAAAAGAUCUGAAAGACGCAGACUAUACUAUCACAGAAUUAAAGCUGAUCCUACCCAGUUUUUGAGACUUCAAGGAGCAUCUUGUAAAAUCUUUGUUGAGGAAGAAGCUACUGAAAUUGAGAUAGCAGCUUCUGCUCUCAUGCCUUGGCAAGGGCAGAGAUCUAACAUGAUUGAUAGAUUUGAUGUCAGGGCCAACCUGGAUAUUAUCCCUGAACCUGGGAAUAUCUUGAUAUCAUCUGAUUUGGGGGAAAAUGCAGUGGUUGACCAGAAAUGCCAGUAUGAAAGAUGGAGAACACUUGCGACUAAUGAUUUGGUUGGUCUCGGUGAAGAUGAGUGUCUCACACAAAUUGCUGAGGACGAGUCUGCAGUUUUAACAAAAGUAACAAAGAAAUCAGCAUCAUCUAGUGGCGCUAAGAUUGGCUUCAGUUAUGACUCUAACAAUGCAGAAAGUGAAAGUGAAAGUGACGAUUCCGAAGCUGAUUCAAAGGAGUUUUUGCCUACUGAUCCUGAUCUGGACAUUACUUUUGAUGUACGGGAAUUGGAUGCAGAAAAUAAAUCAAAGCUCAACGAGAUUGCGGCUGAAUCUUAUGCAAUUCCUGACUUCACUCGUCUUCACAUUGAAGAUAAAGUUGAGUCUGAAAUGAGAGAGUUUGAGAUUCGGGAGGAGCAAAAUAGAGCAGAGCGUGUUGCUAAAUUAAGUAAAACUGAGAGAAGGAAAGAGAAAGAGGAGAGGAGAAAGAGUAAAGAUGUUCCACCUCACAUGAGAGUUGAUGAUCCUUACAGAAAUCCACACUUACGGAGAUCUUCUUCCAGACGUAAAGAUGAGACAGACAGUUCAUCAGACGAGGAGAAGACUGUUCAGAAUAUAGAAAUUUCUUCAGCCAGGUCAAACACUUACAAAAAUGUCAAAUCCGUCCAGAAACCAGUCAAAAAGUCACUCCCUGUUUUUCUUCAGCCCAAAACAACUAGCACAGUAUUAUCAAAUUUGGUCGCUGCAAGAAAGCAGCUGCUGUCAAAAAACAAUGAAGCGUUUGACUUUGGAGUUGGACCAAGUGCCCCAGUACCAUUGGAGGCAUCCAACACUUCGCCAGAGUCUAAACCUGCCCUAAACAGUAGAUCUCGCAGUAGAAGUCCAAAUAAAUCUCGGUCAAGAAGAUCAAGAUCUGGCAAUGGCUAUUCUAGAAGCAGUUCCAGGAGCCGAUCACGUUCUCGAGGGUGGUCUAGAUCCAGAAGUAGAUCCCGGACAAGAUCUAGGGGUAGAUCACGUUCAAGAUCUAGAGGCAGGAAAUACAGUUCAACCUCUAGCAGACAAAGAAGCAGGAGCAGAACAAAGAGUGGCAGAGGGAUAUCUCCUCGAAGAAAACUUUCUCCUGUAAAAGAUUCUAGGCCUAAAUCUCCUGACAAUCGUCCCAAAGUAAAUGAUAUGCCAUUGAAAAAAGCAGAUUCUUUAAAAGCAUUGAAACCUCAUGAAAGAUUAAAACUAAAGCUUCAGAGCCAACUCAAAAAACGUCAGAGAGAUGAAAAGAGAAAAGAGCAAGCUCAAAUUGAAGCCAAAGAACAAGAAGCUUUUGAGAGAGCUGAAGAGCUCAGGGUGCUCAAGAGGCAAAUGUGGGAAAAGGAAGAAGAAGAAUAUUGGAAAAAGAGAGAAGAGGAGGAGAAGGAGUAUCAAAAGAAAAAAGCGGAGGAGAAAGCUCUGAAAGCAGACGAUUCUUCGUCAAAUGGAGAGAAGCCUCUUUCGAGAUCUAGAUCAGGGUCAAGGCGUAGACACAGAUCAAGAGACAAGUCAAGAGAAAAAUCAGCCGAAAAUCAUGGUUCUAAACGGUCGAAAUCUACAUCAUCGAUACAAAUUGACAAAAAAUCAACUGAAUCCACACAGAAGAUCAGUUUAGUGCCUGAAUAUGAGCGAGCUGACGGGGAGGGUAGUAGGUCACGCAGAGACCAGGUUAAAGACAGACCACGAACUGAUGACAGAAGGAGGAGAACAGAACCAGCGGAUAAACAAAGGAGUGAUGAAGGUAGGAGAAGGAAUCGGAAUGAAGGAGAUCGUCGGAGGGGUGAUGCAGAGAGGAAAACCCCUGGUGAGAACAGACAUGGAGAAUCAGACAGAUCCAGAUAUCAAGAAGGAGGUGAGAGAGGUGAUAGGACAAGGAAUUGUGAGGGUAAGAGACAAGAUGAUGAGAGAGAGAGACACCCCGAGGAGAGGACAAGAUACCCAGAGGAGUCCUCCAGAGGUAGAGAUAGAGGUUCCCACAGGUCAUCACAUCGGUAGAACUUGUCUCAAAAGUUUAGAAAUUUUUAUGGAAAAAUGAAUAUCAUCCAUUUUCGAUUUUUAUUGUUUUACAAACGAUUUGGGUUGACUAAUUGAGUCUUGCAUGCGAAAAUUUUUUUAUUCUUCAGCUUUUUCUUCAAAAUCUGGUAUAUGACAGAUAUCAAGUUAUUUUUUGAGUCGUGAUAAAAUAAUGUAAGAUGUUAUUAUAUUUUGCUAUUCUUUACCAG